UUAAAUUACCAUAUUGAGUUUUGCAAUACAUUGCAUGUGAAAAUCAAAUUGCAUAACAGUGAAAAUGUCUCCUCCGUUGUACUCAUCAUUAAAUGUGUCUAAUAUAGUGCUGUCGUCGGCACUACUCUUCGCCAUAACGGGUGCUCUGGUCUAUGCGGUCCGGAAGGCCACUAAACGGCACCGGAAUUACGUAAAAGUGGCCAAAGUUUGCAAACUAAUAGUAUAUCCCAUCAAAUCACUACCCGGUGUGGAAGUGGAUCGACUCGAUGUGACAAUUCACGGCUCGGCGUACGGGCCCUUUCGGGACAGAUCCUGGUUAUUGGUGGACAACGAGAACAGAAUGAUUACGCAGCGCACGGAAGGCUGCUCUAAACUAGCCAUGCUCACUUUGCAAUUUCGUGACAAUCAACUCUGGGUCGAUGGACCAAAUAUGACAACACUUAAACUUAACGUUAUAAACAAGGCUAACAAUAUGGUCAUAAAUACCAGUGUAUUUGGCGAUGCAGUCGAUGGCAUAUACUGUGGCAAAGAGGCGGAGGACUAUUUCAGCGCAUACCUCGACAAAGAGGGCACUAAACUCAUACAACACACCAAAGAUAUGUGCGGCCGACAGGGCUUUCUCGAAGUGAACGGCGAGCGGUUGGACAGAGUCAGCAAAUAUCCCAUCCUAUACCACGACAAUUCUGGUCUAUUGGUGAUCAAUCAGUCGUCGAUCGACGAUCUGAACGGCCGGCUGCCGGCCGACGCUCUGUCGACCACAUAUCGUAACUUUCGGCCAAAUAUACUGAUCUCCGAGUGUCAGGCCUUUGAUGAGGACAACUGGGCGUACGUCCGCGUCGGGUGCGUCCACUUCUCGCUCGUGAAGCCUAUGGAUCGCUGUAUAUUCACUACUAUUGACCCAAACACUGGUCGUAAGGACGGCGUCGAGCCGUUGAAAACACUCAGAUCAUACCGUUUAGCCAGCGAUAAGUUGCGGAAAACGUACGGCACAUCUCCACUAUUCGGCGCCGGUAUUGGAGCCGAGACUGAGGGACAGAUACAAUGCGGCGACGAUUUACUGGCCGUUUGGAAACAAUGAUUGAUUGCUUCAAUAGCUUUAUUUUCACCAUAUUAUGUUAAAUCUUAUUUACAUUUUUUAUAUACCUUAAAAUUAGAAAUUACAAAUUAAUUAAAUAUUCUAAUUAUUAAUUAGCUAGA